GUAUUUUAAUCAGUGGGAUGGGCCCACAGUGGCAUAUAAAUAGUGGAGUGUCUGUGGUGUCAGGUCACACAGCAGGAACGCUUCCAUAUCCAGCUGCAAAGAUGGUGGGGGUCAGCGUGUGGAUGUUGGUGGGGCUGUUCGCCUGUGCUUUCACUUCCUGUUCUGCUCACAGCCUCGUCCCAGACAAACAGGACAGUCAAAUCGUGCACUGCGACCUUCAGUGGGCUUGUCCCGACGGCACAACCUGCUGCCACCACCCCAAAGGGGGCUGGUUCUGCUGCCCCUACAGCCCCGGCCGCUGCUGUCUGGAUGGGUACCACUGCUGUCCAUACGGUUAUGACUGUGACCACACCUACACACACUGUGUGAGGGAAGGCCUGACUUACCCCUUCACACCCAAACAACCCGCAGCUUCACACCCUGCCUUCCACAUUUCCACUGCAGAGGAGGAAGACAGCGUAAAGGAGACAGUGGUGGCAGCUCUGACCGUGGCCAGUGUCAGCACCGAUAAGUCUGAACUCGUCCGCUGUGAUUUCAAGACCUCCUGUCCACCUGGGACUAAGUGCUGCAGAGGCCCCACAGGGAGAUGGAGCUGCUGCCCUUACACACUGGGUCAGUGCUGCAGAGACGGUAUUCACUGCUGUAAGUUUGGAUACACGUGCGACCCCUCGUCCCAGUUCUGUAGGAGAGGCUACCAUCAGAUCCCCUCUGGGGCCCAGGAGAACACCAUUGAAGAGUGAAGGCAGUGUGAAGUCACAAAUGUGCAGUACAAUCAACAUUUUUAGAACAAAUGAAAUAGAUGAUUACAGUACACAAAUUGUUCCGCUGCAGUGAAAGUAUAUACACAAUGAGAAUCCAUGAAUAAAGCAUCAGUUAACCCUCA